GAUGUGUGCUGUGCAUAGACAGAGUAAAAAUCUGUCAUUCUCUCCGGUCCCCUUUCCUCUUCAGUCUUCCCUCCUCCCUCUUCCCUCCUAUCGAACCCUAGGGUUUCUCUCUAAUUUCUUAAUUUCAUGAGGGUCACUGCAUGGAGGGAUUACCAAUUUCGUUGAAAAGUAACUGAUUGCAAUAGCAUCCUUACGAAAGAGCUACAUUGGGAUAUAGUUCAUAUUAUUCGAUAAGUUCUUAGACUGGAGGUUGCUCUGAAAGGGUUUGGGAAUAAAAAAAUAGAAUUACUUCAUAGUCCAACCAGUUAGAAGAGUACUCAUCAACCUUCAACUUUGAUGCUCCUGAUGCUAAAUGUUGACCGGGGUUAUGAUGAAGUGAGAGAGGAGCUUGUUAGCAUAAUUAUUGAAAGAUUACAGCCUUCAAAAGUUGAAUAGGAAUAAUUGUUGAUUGAGGAAGAUUCUGCAUAUUUGGUUUAAUCAAAAUGUCACGAGUGCAGAGAGAUAUGAUGCCUUCAUGUUACCUUUCAAAAGCUAUGCAACGGUGAUUGUUUACGUGCUUGAAGUUGGGCGUGUGUUAGUUGGUGAAAUUGAUUGACUUGUUUGGAGACAGACGUGAGCGUAUCUUCAUUCCCUUGUGGUUGCCAUCAAUUUGGCUCAGGGCUUAGGAAAUUGCUGAUUGUUCUUCCCGGUUUUAAGGCUAGAUUGUUCUGAAUAAGAAUACGUAAAGGGUGUUGAUUUAAGACUGAGAGAAAUGAAUAGAACCAGCCGAAAGCGGUCUUCUAAAUGGGAUUUGGUGGAAGAGCCUCAGUUUGAAGAUGUAAAUAUGCAGGACAACAGUUGGAUGGGAAAGGCAGGCAGGCCAUUUCGUCCUAAGGAAUCUGGACGUGACUGGCCUUCUCCAGAGACAAAUGAUCUGCAGAGACCUAAGCAUGAUUUGAAUUUGCCUUCCAGGGAACCUUUGCCCGGAAGCAGAGGUUCACAUAAGCAUGAGAGUACGAAUAAGAGAUGCAAUAGAUACAUGGAUGACUCUAUGGUGUGGGAUGGAGAUGAAAAUUGCAGCACAAGGAUGUCUCCUGGUUUUGAUGACUGGAGAGAACAUCGUAGUCAGUCCCCAAAAAGUGGUUGGAAAAGGUCACUGAGAGGUAGGAGUAGAAGUAGAAGCAGGAGCAGGAGUAAGAGCCAGAGCUGGAGCAGGAGCCCUGAUCGUGGCUAUAGGCGGGAAUCACUUUUCCUCGACAGAAAUAGAGGCAGGCCAGGAAUUUCAGCUCAAUUGUGCAAAGAUUAUAUGACUGGGAGAUGCAGGAGAGCUAGUGAUUGCCAAUUUCUCCAUGAGGGUAAUUCCAAGUAUGACGAUAGCUGGGAAACUCGACACAGGAAACGUGGUGCUUUGAGAUAUGCUAGUCCUCCUGAAACAACCGAGUACUACCCAUUAAAAAGUGAAAGAUAUUCUGUGUAUUGUAGUGAUUUUGUAAAAGGGAAGUGCCGCAAGGGUGCCUCUUGCAAGUUCGAUCACCAUCGUCCUUCUGAUGGAUUCAGCAAAGGUUCUACAAUUGAGAAUACGAGAGAAAGGGAAAAUGAAAGAAGGAACAGAGAUACUUCUACAGAGCGAGGUGCUGAGCGUGUACCACACAGAAGUGGCGAUAUUCCUUGCAAAUUUUUUGCUGCGGGAAAUUGUCGUAAUAAAAAGUAUUGUCGGUUUUCUCAUCAUAUUCAAGCUUAUGUAAGUCCUGAAAGAAAGUCAAAGGAUGUCCGGUGGGGCCCGGGUCACAGUUUAAAUGAUGCAGGCCCAGCAUGGAAUGGUCCAAAAUGGAGUGAUACCGUGACUCUGUCAGAUGCCCCAAUGUUGACUGUAGAUAACAGAAAUAUUGGUGUUCCAGAGGUACGGUCUAGUGCUUGGUCUGUGGAUGAUAAUAGAUGGGGUUGCGAUCGGAACGAUGAGAACAAAAAUUGUGUUGACCGUAAUGUUAAUCAUGAAGCAGCUGAAAGGAAUGAGAAGGAUGCAAAUCUGUGGAAGGAAGAUAAUGUGGGUGCUUGUGUGGAUCUUCCCAAAUCAAGAGAUACUGAAAAAUGGCUUGGUGACAUGUCUCCUGAUUGGAAUUACACGGUGCAAUCCUCCAACCAUGUUGGGAAACAAGAGCAUGGUCGCAUUACGCAAGGUUCAGAACCUUCAACUCUGGUACAUGGUGCUGCUUCAAUUAUUGAACCAGAGAUAGCUGAAAGAUCUGAUUUUCUGCAGAACAAGGAUCUGAGGGGAGAUGGAGUUAUUUCCUUGCCUUAUGACAAUAGGAGUGCCAUUGAAGAACCUUCUAGUUUUCGUAAUAACCUAAGUGUUACUGCAAAUAUUGUGGGCUGCCAAAGUUUUGACAACAGUGGCCAGAGUUCAAGUGCUUUUCCUUUUUCAGGAUUGAGCACAAUUGGGCAAAGUCAAACACUAAUUCCAGGCAGAGGAAUUGUAAAAAGUCCGCAUGAUACACUGUCCCCAGAGGGUAAAUCUGUGAACAAAUUAGAUAUAGGUGAUGCAAAAACUUCACUAGUUGAUGGAAUUCCUCAAGUUCCAAGUUUGGUCGGUGGUAAAGAACUUAAGCAACUUACCAAUCUUUCAGCCUCUCUGGCUCAGUUACUUGGAAAUCGGCAGCAACUUCCACAGAUUUAUGCUGCUUUAAAUUCUCAUAAUGCGGUGAGUACCCCAACUCUCCUUCCCAAAUCCGAAGGAUCUUCUGAGCAGCUUUUGGGAGCAACUUUUCAGCCUGAUCCAGCCAUGUUAUCUCAUAAGCCGUAUGAUCCUAUAUGUGAUAGCAUAGAACAUAGAAUUAAUAACAAUCAAAUGUGCCUUUUGCCAAAUAGUGCUGGAAACACAAGUGUUGAUGGAAACGUAGAGAAAUUGUCAAAUGUUGUAUCUCCAUCGUCUUUACCUAGCGGAGCAAAUACAAACAAUUAUCAUCAGACUAAUAAUCCAGUACAAGAACCCACUCAUAAGAAUCAUCAGUUAAGUCAGCUGGAGCGUGGUGCAAAACCUGAGGUUGUCAAGGGAAAUGGUGAACUUGGGGCCGAGGAAAUCAAGAGCGAUCAGGAAGAAAAUAAUUCCCCAGUUAAUGGUCCCAUGGAGGUCACAGAAAAAGAUGGUGCUGACGGGGGCAAGAAACUCAAGGAAGUGAAGGGGAGUCGUGCAUUCAAAUUUGCACUUGUGGAAAACGUUAAGGAGCUUUUAAAACCCUCAUGGAAAGAAGGUCAAGUCAGCAAAGAUGCUUACAAAACUAUAGUGAAGAAGGUGGUUGAUAAAGUGACCAGUACCAUGCAGGGGGCUAAUAUUCCUCAGACCCAAGAGAAGAUUGAUCAUUAUCUAUCAUUUUCAAAACCAAAGCUUACUAAACUUGUACAGGCAUAUGUAGAAAAAAUGCACAAGGCCUAAACGAGAACGACUUGCGUUUUUUCACUUUCCUUGUGUCAUACAAAACUCCGCCUAACACUCCUGGCGUGUUUAUGCUCCGGCAGCCUUUGCGUAUCUUAGGUUUGUUUUUCCAUUUUCCUUUUUCCGGUUACGUAAGACAUCAUAAUUUUUUUUAGCGUUCCCUUGAUGUAUACUAUUUGGUGCAAGGAUAGUGAAACUCUUGGACUAAGAUGGGCGUAUGAGAGAUAAAUUAUUCUUCCUCAUGUGCUUUAUGUUGGUGCGUCUUUCUUUUGCAUCUUGUUAAAAUGGGCAAUUAUUAUUUUUUGAGGAA